AUUUUUUUGAUAUUUACAUAAUUUAAUGUACUUUAAAAUCGGUGAUUCCUUUUGAAAAAAUUUGGAUUUCUUUGCUCGCGUAGCCAAUUUCCAGGAGGACCACCCAAAAGAAGUAUUUGGCGGUAAGGAAAGGCUUCAAUUUCAUGCAACCGAAAGAAAUUGUCAGAUUCCUUUCUUUUUGUUAUGUGGCAACUACGAAAUGCGUAUAUUUUUGUGAAUCUCUUUUAUGCUUAUUCCACACGUGUUCUGAAUGGGAAGGUUUACAACAAAAUAUUAAAAUACAACACACUUCACAAUUUGUUAAACAAAAUGGAAUUAUUUACAAUAAAUCGGUACACGACUGCGAAACCAGAGGAAGCAGGAAAAAACGAGGAGGCUAUUCUGCAGCAAAUUCUUUUAAAGGUGGAAAAUCGUAAAAGAAAAAAGAGCACUGUUGAAUUACUAGAUCUUCAAGCUGCACAAGAAAAAAAUAAAACUUUGGAAAAUGAUAUUAUUGGUAAAGACGAAGCUCAAUCAGAAAUUAAAGAUAUCAGAACAGUGGAAGAAAGCGAUGCUGAUAAAGAUGUUGAUCCAAUAGCCGACGAUGCCCGUAAUUUUGAAGCAAUUAAUUUUCAAAUACUUGGCGAAGAUGUGGACAAAAACAAGCCCAAGAGAGUCAGUAUGGUAUUGCCUUCUUGGCUGGCGCAUCCCACUAUUAUUUCAACAGCAGUUGCACCAAAAAGUGAGACAGCGUCGGACGAAGCUGCUAUUAAUAAGCUUACAUUUUUGGCACCACAUAUACGUCACACGCUCAAAGAAAUGCAAUUCACGCGGCUAUUUCCAGUGCAAAUAGCAGUGAUACCUUGGUUGCUUGAAGCACAAGCGAAACCACCACCAUUCCGACCACGUGAUAUAUGCGUUUCGGCGCCUACGGGUAGUGGUAAAACACUCGCGUUUGCCAUACCAGUUAUACAAUUACUUGCCAAUCGUGUUGAGCGCAAGAUACGUGCAUUGGUUGUGCUUCCAGUUGCCGAGUUGGCAUUGCAAGUUUUUAAAAUUUUCAAAAAGUUGUGUGAAAAGACAGAUCUAACCGUUUGUCUUUUAUCCAAAAAGUUUCCAUUCGCUCAGGAGCAAGAAAAACUAGUAGAGUUCUACAAGGGACAAUAUUACUCCAAAGUCGAUAUUGUAGUGACAACACCAGGUCGAUUGGUCGAUCAUUUGCAUGCGACUAAAGGAUUUUGUUUAAAAGCUUUGCGUUUUCUUGUUAUUGACGAAGCCGAUCGUAUAAUGGACGCAGUAUUUCAAAAUUGGCUUUAUCAUUUGGAUGAACAUGUGCGCACUACUUCUGACCAACUACUUUCAGGACGCGCUGCGCCUCUAUGUGUUCGCGAAUUGGAGUCCUCUUAUGGUACACAGCCGCAUAAAUUACUCUUUUCGGCAACGCUUUCACAAGACCCGGAAAAACUGCAGAAUUUACGACUAUUUCAGCCUAAACUAUUUACAUCCGUACUUGCUGAUUUAUCGGAGAUGCAAGAAAAGUUCGCCGACGUAACUAACAGUGAGGAGCAAAAGAGUGAACAAUUGAGACGCGGAGAAUUUAUCGGCAAAUACACAACGCCAGCUGAGUUGUCCGAGUGUUAUUGCAUCACAGAAAAUCGCAUUAAACCACUAUCGCUUUUCGCUUUGAUUAACGAAAAUGAAUGGUCCAAAUUUCUAUGCUUCACAAAUAGUAACGAAUCGUCGAGCCGGUUAUCAUUCGUUUUGAAAUCUUUGUUCAAAGGAGGGUUAGUUAUACGUGAGCUCAGUGCAUCCAUUACCCCAAAAGAGCGGGCAAAUGUAUUAAGUCAAUUUGCGCGUGGACGCAUCCAUGGACUGGUAUGUUCGGAUGCUUUAGCGCGUGGUAUAGACAUACCCGAUGUGGACGUAGUCAUCUCUUACGAUCUGCCUAGACACGUAAAAACCUACAUACAUCGCAUUGGACGCACAGCGCGUGCAGGUAGUCCAGGCACAGCAAUAACUAUGCUAACGCAAAAGGAACUGCAGCAAUUCAAUCAUAUUCUCGGAGAAGUGGGUAAAAAUCUAACCAAGGAAAUUUUUGUAAAGACCAACUAUGAAACGGAAUACGCCAAACAAUACACAUUGGCGCUUCAAGAUUUGCGCAAAAAACUUGAACAAGACAAACGCUUACAAUUAAUGAGAAAGGAACGCGUCAAGGAUAACGCCAAAUUGGCGGCUAAAGACCCAUCAAAGAUGUCCGUUAUGGAGAAAUUACAACUGCAGGCUUCGACACAAGUGGGUGUUAUGGAACAAGACAAGGAAGAAAAUCAAAUUCAAGAAAAUAAUGUCAAAAAUAAGUUGGUUAAGCGUAAGAAAUUUAAUGCGAGCGCAGGCAAAACUAAAGAAAUACAAAAAUAAUGUGAUCAUCAUAUGAAUGUGUCUUAGUUUUAUUAUUCAUGCCACAGUACAUAACAGAAGUACCGUUGUAUUUUAAUUUGCCAAAAUACUUUCCAUAAGGAGAUAGUCAAUAUUUUAGAUGUGUUUUUAACUACUUGUAUAAAGAAAUAAAAAAUGUUACCGUAGCUGCACACAAGCUGUAGAUAUUUCCACUCGCAGCUGACAGACGUUAUCAAAAUGAUAUAAUUUAAUAAAACUAAUUAUUGUAAAUUUCUA